UGAAACCUCACCGGCUUGAGGUUAAAGCAGGUAGGAGAACACCAGGAGCAGAACUGCACCCCUCUGCCAUUUGCCCGGUGCUAAUUAGUAUCCCAGUGGUCCCAAUGAGGUUGAAGUGCUGCAGUCUGGCGGGUGGUGCUCUCAGUGCUCCGCAGCUAUAAAGCCCCGUUCGCUGGAGACGGCACACACACUCGCACUCACUCCCUCCGAGCAGCCCCCUGAUGCUGCCGCAGCUCUAGGAUGUUAUCACGCGAAGCUCCACACCUUUCCACAGAAGACCUGACAGCUCCGUGAUAAAUGCGCUUCUCUCUGUGGGAGAUACGACAUGUGUCCACAAGACGAAAUGCUGCUGUUUCGUGGCUCUCGGCUCUUUGAUAACUCCGGUCCAGCUUUGGAAUUAAUCUGAACCACCUCUCAAGUCUCGUUUUCUCCCCAGUCGGACACGUUGUUGUUUUGGAGUAAGAGUGGGAUGGCCAAGGCGUCCUGGAUGAAUUUAGGCGUUUUGCUGCUAAUCGGAUUGACUGCUGCAAACGCCAACGGUUUCCCGCCGCUUCCUGAAGACGCUCGCGAGCAGAACGCCACGGCGCAGACGCGGUCCAGCAGCGCCGCGGUCUCGGUUCCGGCGGCGGCGCGCGGGCGAAGAACGCGGAGAUGCACGUGCUAUACGUACAAGGACAAGGAAUGUGUUUACUACUGCCACCUGGACAUAAUCUGGAUCAACACCCCGGAGCGCACCGUCCCGUACGGCAUGUCGAGUUACAGAGGCUCGCAGCGUGUGCGGCGCUCCGUGGCAGGUGGGAACGAGGCACAGCGUUGCCUGUGUGCUCUGGAGACCGAUUCUGCAUGCAGCAGCUUCUGUACUGAGAGGUGUAAGUCACCAUGACCUUCAGUUCCAGACAAGCUAAACCAUAUUGGAAACAUCCCAUCCAUGCAUUCUUCUGUCCUAACAGCUGGGGACUCAUCUUAAGAGUAUGGCUUACCUCUGUCUGAGGAGGAGGAAUUCCAUUAUUCGCGGGAGACAUGAAAGGACAAAGGAGAGGAACAAUGGAGAUGAUGGAAAUAAGCCAAAGCAAGAUUUGAUAGGAGAGUAUUUAACACACCAACCAACUUUAAGCUAACUCAUCGCAUUACGGCAUGUCUUCUGGACCUACGUGGCCACCAAGGCUAACAUUCUGUCUUUACAAACAGAGGACCUUCCAGAUCGUCAUGACUAACAAUGCACCGGUUUACAUUUCUUUCUUAGCAGUCAUCUGCCUGUGCUCAUAUUUGUGUGCGAGAUUAACAUUUGCUAUGAUCUGACUUCCAAAUCCACCAAGCAAGGCUGGUUUGGUGAAGUCACUGAGCCAUUCAGCAGGACAGAUGGUUGCAAACUUCGCAUUCUGAGGUGUUUCUCAUUUUUUACACGGCUUCUGAAUAGACAGCACUUAAAUAUGGACUCCAAGGCAGAGAAACAAAAUGGAGGCCUGUACAUAAAGUAAUGAUUUCAAGCUGUCAAGUAGACCAACUUUAUACCUGUGAAAAAUCAUUUUUUCAUAAUAUAAUCAUACCUGUGAAAAAUCUUUUUUUUUUAAAUAAUAUAAUUACAUCAUAUUUUUACUUUUGGUAAAUAUGGACAAUACAUCAAAUACAGUAAAUUGCAUAAAAUAUUUAACACCUUAUUUCAUAGUCAUACAGUCCUAAUGUUUCUAGAUCGUGUCCUUUUAUCUAGAAAGCCCCUUUCUUCUGUGGUCACUAUAUAAAAGAUAAUUUGGCUUGUAAGGUCAGUUUGAUAAAGAAUUCAGAAGGACAAAAGGACGACUUCCUAGCUUUACCUGUUUGUUGGUCACAUUUGUGGAUUAAAUCAUUGUUUUAUCAUUUAUUAUGCAUAUCCACACAAAAAUAAAGGUUCCAGAUAGGGUUCUGGGGAGUAUUGUCAUAGAAGAACCACUUUUGGUUCCCCGAAGAACCUUGCAGUGGAUAGAUCUUUAUAGAACCAAACAGGGUUCUGUGGAGUAUUGUCAUUGAAGAACUACUUUUGGUUUCCCAAAGAACCUUUCAGUGGAUGAAUCUUUAUAGCACCAAAUAGGGUUCUGUGGAGUAUUGUCAUAAAAGAACCACUUUUG